GAGUUUUACUAAACCACGAGCUGCAGGCUUGCCUGCGAACUCUCUCGAUGAAGAGGGCGCUGCAACUGAGACAGGGAAGCGGCGGGAACGUCUCUCUGCUUCCCCAAAUACCGGCGUGCUAAAGACUUCCGGAGUUGCGUUUACCAUUGCUUCUUCUCACAUGGGUUCAUUCCGCGGGCAGCUCUGAAUCCAUUCCUGGGAGCUCCCUUUUUUUGGCCGGGGAUUACCCUUCUAGGUGCUGCCUUAAUGGCCGCUGCAGUCAUCCUGGAGAUUAGGCAGAGGAUGCAGAGCGGGUUGCUGAUCAUACGUGCAUCAAAGCCAGAGAGCUGGGCCAUGGAUAUUACAGUGAAUCCAUCCUCCAUUGAAAUAAAAAAUGGUGAAGACUGUCGGAUGCUCAGCCUUCCACCAGAGGUCAGGAUUGUUCCUUCCUCCUGUCGAGGACUGCAGUAUGUGCCUGGGGAUGGCUUACAUGUGAGACUGCUAAUUCAGGCAGCUUUAAAUACAAAAUCAAUUUCAGCUCCAGAAGACAGUCUUAAAUCCAAAAAGAGAUGUACCUUUUACUGUCAGUCUUGUGGUGAGAGUAUAAUAAAAGAUCGGACAUUUCUCAGAGUUCUUUCCCUUCCUGGAGAAAACUGGGAUGAUUUGGUAGAGGAAUGGUGCUGCCAUCCCAACCCUUUCAACAGCAGGUUGCUGAACCCUCAAAAUGAUGAUUGUUUUCUUGGGCACAAUUAUUUCCUGGUGAAUUCAGGAAAUGAAUCAACUGUAUCAUCAUCUGAACUACGUCAUUCACAGUCUCAGGGUGCUGCUUCUGGAAACAGUGAUUAUGUCUUGAAUUCAAAGGCAAAUAGCAGAGUAAUUUGCAAACGCUGCAAGACAUUGUUGGGAGAGGCUUUGUCUACAGGUGUCACAAAAUAUUAUUUCACUGAAUUGUUUAUUCAGCCGUCUGAGGAGAGUUUCAAUCCAAUACCAAGAUCUCUCUUUAUACAGAGUAUUGUAGCCCAGUGCCUUCUAGAGCUUUCUUCAGCCAGAAGUACGUUCAGGUUCAGGAUACAAGGGACCGAGGGCACCAUCUACAUCUUGGUGUGGCUACUAAAUUCUGACACAUUAUUGGUGGAAUCUUCUGGAAAUUCAGCCUCCGAUAUUGGUUUCACAUUCUUUGAACAUGGUGAGGUGUCUAAUUCAGAGCCUUCAGAGAUUAGGAAUGCUGUGAAAGUUCUUUACCAUCCCUGCCUUAAAAACAGAAAUAAGGACCUUGUUGAUGCAUGGGAAAAUGACUUUGGAGUGCACCCUCUAACAUUUCCAUCCAGAACCUGUUUGGAACUGCUGCUGCUACUGGCUCAGAGUAAUGCUUCGCUACCACCUUCCCUUCGCUGCAUGAACUCUUUUGAGGUUGCGUUUUUGAAGAUGUGAGGAACUCUGGCCUGAUUUUUUAGAAAUGCUUCUCAAGUUAACCUUCAGCUGUGGAGGGCUGCAAAGAUAACAUCUCCAGUGGGAUUUCUUUCCAAAAAUGAUGCUGAGCCUCCAAAACAAAAGACGAUGUAAAUUGUAUUUUUAACUUGCUGUUUGUUGACUUUGGAAGUUUAAAAAGCACAAGGAAAAUGACAGAGGCCAGUUGCCCAAGCCAAGGGGUUGAUGUUGCAAAGCAGUGCAGAGAAUGACUUAAUUUGGGAUGUCAGGAGUCUGAGAUCAUUGUAAAUAAUGCCCUACUAAUUCUCCUGAGAGAUGUCAGUUAUCUUCCACAGCAGCUUCAGCUUUACAAAGAAAGAGCUGAGAGUGGCCAAUUUGUCCUUUCUGGGAAAUAAACAGGCAGCUGAGCAUUUGAUAUUGCAGUUUCAAGUGAAAUGCAUUCUUGAACUGUACACUGCUGUCACAUAGAAGAAUCUCAUGUGUUUAAGCUUUAAUUUUCAUUACGUUUUGCAUUAUUGUGUAUAUAUAUGUGUGUAGUUUUUCUUUCUAGAAAAAGAUUUAUUAUGUGAAUUAUGCACAGGCCCACUUAUGUGUGCAUUUUUAUAAUAUAUACUGCAGCUGUGUGGCUGUGCAGAAAGCUAAUAAGCUAUCAAUUGCUUACAAUAUGAACAGAUAGAAAAUUUAAAAAAAAAUCUGUAUUUUAGUAUAUUUCUUUUUUUUUGCAAAUGUACCAAAACAAAUUAUCAUAUAAGAA